CGCCAGUGGUGUCCCAAUGGCUGACAGACCCACAUCAGGAGAUGGCUGGAAUUACUUAAAAGGUUCUCUACUGGAUGUUAAGGUUUACACAGCAAAUGAAAAAGAGUCUGAAGACCGGAAUCUGUGGCCCAGACCACUGGCACGAAAAUGGACCCUGAUGCUGUUUAUGGGCACCUGCCUCCUCUACUGUGCCAGGAUGGCCAUGCCAAUCUGUGCAGUGUCAUUGGCAACCUCUUUUCACUGGAGUAAGAUCGAUUCUGGGCUGGUUCUGGGUGGAUUCUUUUGGGGUUACUGUUUCACACAGAUCCUUGGAGGACAUGCCAGUGACAGGAUGGGAGGAGAGCGCGUCCUGUUCAUCUCUGCAGUCUCGUGGGCUCUGAUCACAGCUGGUACUCCUCUUCUGGCCCACUUAGGCUCUCACACCCUCGCCCUCUUGACUAUGGCCCGAUUCCUUAUGGGACUGAUGCAGGGAGUUUUUUUUCCGUCUUUGGCCAGCCUUUGCUCACAGCGUGUAGUGGAAGGAGAGAGAGGGUUUUUAAUGAGCACCAUGAACAGCGGUUCACAUCUUGGAACAUUGCUAGCGGGUGGGAUGGGGUCGCUGAUGCUGGACUCGUACGGCUGGGAGAGCAUGUUUUACACUAUUGGUUUCCUGUCCGGACUCUGGGCACUUAUUGUUUGGCUGUGUUUACUAAAAGGUUCAGAAUUCCCCCCUAAGCAGAUGGAAACAAGUAAAGACCCACAAUGGAGUUUGUCAGGAACACGCUGGCUGAGUCUUUUAAAGAAGCCACCUGUCUGGGCCAUGGUGUUUGCUCACAUGUGCUUGUCCAGCUCUUUCUACAGUUUGCUGUCAUGGUUGCCGACAUACUUCAAAGAAUCAUUUCCACACGCCACGGUAUGGGUGUAUAAUGUAAUUCCAUGGCUUGUUGCAAUUGUAUCAGCACUUGUUGGAGGAUAUAUCUCAGAUUUUCUCAUCAACCAAGGAUAUAGUGUAGCAUUGGUGAGAAAGAUAAUGCAGUUCUUUGCCAUGGGUGUAUCGAGUAUAUUUAUUGUGCUUCUGUCUGGACCGGUCACAUUUCCCACUGCUGUGAUUUGCAUCUCUGCUGCUGUUGGUCUAUCCACCUUCGGCAGCAGUGGUGUGUCAGUGAAUGUACAGGAUCUCACCCCAUCAUGUGCUGGUGCCCUCUUUGGUUUUAUGAAUAUGUUGGGUGCUUUCAUGGGACUGGUGUCGGUCUCUGUAUCAGGUUACCUGAUUGAGGUCACGCUGUCGUGGGCCGCCAUGUUCUCCCUCAUCACUUUAGUAAAUGUCACAGGCCUGGGGAUUUUCCUCAUCUUUGGAGAUGCUCGUCGUGUCGACCUGGAAGAUUACAGCCAGGUUAUUGUGAUUUGACCCAGUUUUGUUGCAAAUAACAGUCUGUAGCUGAUUUGUGAGACUGGACAUUAAAUUCACAACUGUAAUCAUCAUUAUCUCUAACCAUGGUUUGCAGAAAUCAGCGUUGAAUUGGUGUCAUUCUUUGCUGUAACUGGCUUUGAAGAAUGCACACUACAGUAUUAACAUGAUGUACUUGUUUGGGAUGGUAUAAAGUUGUGUUUUCUUUGUCAUUAAUUUGACAAGCGGAUCACAUUCUUACUGAUCAUAAAUGUGAAAGUACUGCAACAUCCCCUUUUGAAAGUUAAGUCACUAAAAUAUUGUAUGCAUUUUUCUGCAUUGUGUUUACUGUAAGUCACAGUGACUGCAUUGUACAAAUGUGUAUGACUGUAGCAAAGUUUGAUUUCCACAAAAAUGUUUACAUUACUAAUGACUACAUGCAGAAAUGCAAGUUGCUGGUUUAGAGAUUCACUUUAACCUAACUAUAUCAGGGGAAAUUAAGUAAGUGUCCAUUUGUCAGAUUUGUUGACAUGAGACUUUACUUACUUAAAUCAGUUUGGACCUGUAGAGCACUACAAGAUGAACAGUUCUUUUUUUUUUUUUUUUUUUUUUAACACUAAACAAUUCCAAGGUGCUGUAUCUUUUAUUCCUCAAACAGGAGUAAAUAAUGCAUGUGUUGGGGACUAUUUUCUGCUGCAGAUUUGAUGCUUUUAUUAUUUAAGUUGGAAGUUGGAUGCACCCGUAAGUCGUAUCCGCUAGCUCUGGUAUAUGUAUUUAUAAUUGGAUUUUAAAUAUUUAUUAAACUAAAAUACACUUUGAAGAAAGUGUUCAGUGGUAUUGUACAGUUUAGUUAAAUUGUAAACUCACUUUUGUACAUGUAUUGUUUGAUAUAGCUAAUUAAAUGUUAAUGACCCUGUUGAAAGGCUAUCAGUUGUAAAUGUCUGUUUUUCUUGCUUUUUCACAAAAAACAUGAUCAAAUGUUUGAUUUUGUCCUCAUUUAAGAAUCUGUUUUGACAGUCACAAAAACAUUCGUUUUUUUUUCUGUAAGAACAAGUGCAUUUAGGAGUACGAAUUAAGACCCCUUCACUUGUCACAUGUGAUGUGGCAGCCUUUUGCAAAAAUCAUUUACAUUCAUUUUUCCCCUCAUCAAUCCACACUCAAUACUUCAUAAUGACUAAGGGAAAACUUAUUACUUUUUUUUAAAUUUCUAACUAAUUUAUAAGAAAAAAAAACUCAAACAUCACAAUGACAGUAUUCAGACCCUUAAAUCAGUACUUAGUUGAAGCACCUCUGGCAGCCCCAAGUCUUCUAUACGACACUACAAGUUGCACACCUGGAUUGGGGGAUUUUGUGCCAGUCUUCUCUGCAGAUCUAAUCAAGCUCUGUGAGGUCGGAUGGGGAACAUCAGUGGACACAGACAUUUUCAGGUCUCUCCAGCGAUGUUCGAUUGAGUUCAAGUCCAGGCUGUCACUGGGCCACUCAAGGACAUCCCUGUCCCUAUGAGCCACUCCUGUGUUGUCUUGGUUGUGUGCUGCCUUAGGGUUAUUGUCCUGUUGAAAGGUGAACCUUCAGCCAAGUCUGAGGUCCUGAGGGCUCAGAAUCAGGUUUUCAUGAAGGAUAUCGGCGCUUUGUUUAGCUUUCCCUCAUACCUUACCAGUCCCUGCCGCUGAAAUACACCCCGACAGCAUGAUGCUGCCACCACCAUGCUUCACUUUUGGGAUGGUUUUUGUGACGAGCAGGUUACCUCCAGACAUAAUGCUUAGAAUUGAGGCCAAACUAGAGAAUCUUGUUUUUCACUCGUCUUUCAAGUGCUUUUUUACAACCUCAAAGUGUAUCUUUCAGAGAGUCUUCUGUCUGGCCACUCUGCCAUAAAGCCCAGAUCAGUUUAGUGUUGCAGUGAUAGUUGCCCAUCUUGAACUUUCUCCAUACAGGAUAUCUGGAGCUCAGCCAAAGUGACCAUCAUGUACAGUACUUUGUCACCUCUUUUAAGAAGGCCCUCCCCAAUUGCUUAGUGUGGCCAGUUCUAGGAAAAGUCUUGGUUUUUCCAAACUUUUUCAAUUUCAGAAUGAUUUUUAUAGGCCACUGUGCUCUUGGUAACCUUCAAUGUAGCAGAUUGUUCAUAGCCUUCCCCAGAGCUGCUCCUCAACAUGACCCUUUCUCUAACCUCUGCAGGCAGCCCCUUCAGCCUCACGGAUUGGUUUUUGCUCCGAUAUAAACUGUCAGCUGUGAGACCUUAAUUAGACAGGUGUGUGCCUUUCCUAAUCAUGUCCAAUCAAUUGAAUUCACCACAGGUGGACUCCAAUCAAGGUGUAGAAACAUCUCAAAGAUCAUCAGGAGAAAUGGGAGGCACCUGAGCUACAUUUGUGUCAAAGGGCAAAAAGACUGAAUACCAUGUCAUUAUUGAUGUUUCAGGUUUUUUUCUUUUUAAUAAAUUAACAACAAUGUCUAAAA